UCGAUCUAAAGCAAAUACAGAACUUGGAUUUUUUCUGCAUUGGAGCGAAGAUUGCAGAUUCAAAGUAUCUGCGUAUGGUUAUUAUGAUUGUCUAAAAGGGACUAAAAAGACAGAGAAGAGACUCCGCUGGAAAGAAAAUAAAAAUGGAUAAAGAUCCGGGAAGACUAAAAUAUAGAAUUCAUAAUUUGUACCUGAACUUUUUGGAGACGUACGGAAGGACAUCGCCUGAAAAGCUGAUUACCCUUCAUCAAAAAGCAUUAUUUACAUUUUGGAUGUCUACCGUUGUUUUAUGGGUCACAGUAAAACUAUGGAAAGUGUGCAGUAAUGCUUACAAGAAUUACAAAAAGAAAGAAGAAGCAGAAGAUAUUGAAAAAAACACUGACGAAGAGCAAAUCAAUCAAGAAGAUUUAUUUGCUCCUAAGGAGGAGAAUAAUUAUACACCUUUGCAGCCGGGACAUGUAUCUGAAAACCCUGAUGGCCCGGUCCAAGUUCAUUACAGUCCGGUUAAAACAAAUAAAAGUCCAUCAAAAUCAAACAUAAGCCCUGCUAAAUCAAACCCUAUUGAAUCAAUUUUUAGCCCGUUUAAAAAUAGUUCUUUUAGUCCUUCAAAAAACUGCAGUCCUUCGAAGAGAAAAGAUUACCUUGAUGAAAGCGCAUUUCAAAAGGAGCCAGAAGAAUCCCUAACGGACGUAACAGUGAAAGCCACCAUUUUUGAAAUGAAGAAGAUUGAAGCUACUAUCCAGGAUAAUAUACCAAAACUAAGUGAAGCAAAGUUAGAUGAAUUUAAGGAAGAUGAAAAGGAAAAUCUUGAUAACACGUCAGAGAAAGAUCCUAAGAAGCGAAUUUCUUGGACGAAUAUCAAGCUAGCCGUUUCUGAUGUUUUCCAAGCACACGAUAAGGAUCAACCGACAUUCGAGAAAUUUCUUUUCAAAAUGAUGAUAUUCGGUUGCUUUAUGUUUUACUUUUGGUUAACCGACUAUCUCCAUAUUUGGCCAAAAGUUGCAAAGCAGUAUUCACGAGAUAUGUUUGUGUUCCUGUUCUUUCUCCUUGUCUUUGUUGCUGUUGUUUUCUCCAUAAGGAAAGCGAAAGAUAAGUUGUUGCAUCGAGACCAAACAGAAGAAUGGAAAGGCUGGAUGCAGGUUCAAUUUGUUUGGUAUCAUUACUUCGAUGCACAAGAAACAUUCAAUUCCAUUCGUUGCUAUGUCGGCGCAUAUGUAUGGAUGACUGGUUUCGGUAAUUACAUUUAUUUUUCAACUCGCAAAGAUUAUUCAAUCUAUCGAUUGUUAAAGAUGCUGUUUCGUUUAAACUUCUUGGUGUUCUGCAUAAUGGCUGUAACUAACCACGUGUUUGUUCGGUAUUAUAUCUGUGCAAUGCAUACCUAUUGGUUUUUGUCAGUAUGGGCAGUAAUGGUGGCUUUUAAUAGAUAUAAUGACAACCCUAAAUUUGUUCUCCUGAAAUUUGGAAUUUACUUUGCUAUUAAUGCCAUGAUUUUCAAUAUACCUGGGGCGUCAGAGAAAGUAUUUACGCCAUUCAAAUGGGUGUUGCAUGAUGAUAAUGGCACCCUUCAUUAUUGGAAGUACAGAGCAUGGCUGGACCAUUGGUCGACAUUAGUGGGAAUGUUUUUUGCAUUCAACUUCCAGCGUUUAGAAAACUUUUUGAAAUAUUUGGAUGAAGACGAUCCAAAAACAAAACAAAAACGAGAAUCCAUACGUUACUUUAUAACCGCUAUUUUGCUUGCUAUAUUUGCAGUUUGGUUUUAUUUCAUUCUGCGGAAGGAAAAAAAUCCGUACCUGGCGCUUCAUCCAUUCACAUCUCCUGUUCCAAUUGUCAUUUACGCUAUUCUGAGAAAUAUACAUCCAGUAUUGCGGACAUAUUAUUUAAAUUUGUUUACAUGGCUUGGAAAAAUAACACUAGAGACUUACUUAUCCCAAAUCCAUAUCUACAUGAUGGGGAAUGCAAAGAUGAUAUUGGUAUAUUUGCCUCAAUAUCCCAUGUUGAAUUUUGCUUUAUCUACUUUAAUUUACAUUGGUGUAUCAUAUGUUCUCUUUCAUUUGACAGUUUUCUUCAGUAGUUACAUCUUCCCCAGAAAUGGAAAAGUUGUUAUAAAGAAUAUAAUUCUGGGAGGACUAUGGCUUGGUGCUUGCUAUAUGUUCUCUUAUAUUCUUACACAAGAACAUGUAUGGAACUCAAAGAAAUCUGGUUUGGAGUUUUUAAUAUGGAAGGUGAAAAAGUAUUGAUAACGAAGAAUAAAAUUAUAUAUAUAUUGAAUUAGAGGAUUAUAAUCUUAAUCUCGUUUUCGUAAAAUUAAAACAACAACAUUUUUAUUUCA